AUGGACCUGGGAUACUUUUCUCUCGCCUUCCCGCAGGGGCUGUGCCGUGGGGCCCCGCAGUCCCCCUACCCCCGCCGGGAGUACGGCGCCUUCUCUGCGCUCGGCACCGCGGCCAGCGCCGCGCCUGCCCCGCCACCUGCCUGCGCGGGGGCCGCGGGCUACGGGGCCGCUUCCCCCACGCCUGCGGGCCCCGGCUACCGGCCGUCGUGCGGGGCCGGGCCGCUGGGCUUCUCCACGUCGAUCUGCCCCGGGAGCGGCCUCCCGUCGCCGCAGCCCGGCCACCCCUGCCCCUGUCCCGGCGCGGGCGGCAGGGGGCUGCGGCGCCUCUCGCCCUGCCCCGGGGCCGCGCCCGGCUCCCCGGCCCCGGCGGCGCCCCGCACCUUCGAGUGGAUGCGAGCGAAGCGGAGCCCGCCCGGGAGAAGCGGCGCGGCGCCGUGCGGGGGGGAACCUCCCGCCUGUCCUGCGCGCACCAGCUUCAGCACACGGCAGCUCACGGAGCUGGAGAAGGAGUUUCACUUCAGCCGCUACCUGUCACGGUCCCGCCGCCUCGAGGUGGCCCGCUCGCUGUGCCUCCGCGACGCCCAGGUGAAAGUCUGGUUCCAGAACCGCCGCAUGAAGCAGAAGAAGCGGGAGCGGGAGGCACUAGCCGCCCCCGCCGCCGCGCCCACGGGUGCCCCCGGCGGUCCCGCCUGA